AUGGGUGCCUCAUUUUCAAGACAAUCAAAAUACAACGCCCAAUUUGUGGAUGUCGCCGUAGUUAAUGUUAAAACUGACAGCAGCGCACUUGUAUAUUCAGAGUUUUUGGGCACUUUAGAAAGAGCUCCAAUCAAGUGGUUAACGUCGUCUCCGAAAGCCAAAGCUUUAGAUGAGUUAAUAGAGGUGCAUGGAUGCAAAAAAGAAGCGUCAGCAAGAUACAGGUGGCUGUUGGUUUCAUCCACAUUCCACUGUUUAAACGCAGAGGGCAAAGCAACAACGGAUGCCAAGGACGCACAUUUUGCUAUAUUUUCAGGAGACUUUACGGUUGACGACAAUGCGACUGCCGCGCUUAAAGAAUAUAACGACACUGAAAGGGUCAGACCAAGAUGCUUAAAAAUGAGUACUCCAUCAUUUGAAAUCUUGAGAAAUAAGUGCUUUGUGUGCAUGGUGAAAGAGUCGACCAAAAUUAACCCCACUAGAUGGCUAAAAUAG